UAAUGUGGAAUCAAUCCUUUACCACUGCUUACAUCCAAACCUAAUAACCAAUCAUCUAUCCAAUUUAUUAUGUGCCUGUUGUUUAAGGAUAUAUAGGAUAAUAAGACCCUUAUUUCAAUACCUAAUAUUUACCUUAAGGAUAAUGCUAAUAGGAAAAUAUUACUAUUGCUGAGGUGUCCAAAUAACCUACUGAGUACUCCCAAGUUUAAAAAUAAGAGAAAUAAUAAGAAGAAAGUAAUUGUUCAAUAAUGAUGACAAAUAAACUGAAAUCAAAGAAAUGUUUAUCAGCUUUAAAUUUGUCACAAAAGUCAACUAACAUAUAGAAAAAUUAUGCAAAAGCAAUUGUCUAAUUUAUGAUAAGAUAGAGAAUUGAAAUAUUAAAGUACCUUGGUGAAAAAUAAGGAAUAGAAUUUUUAAAAAUCUUGACAUAAUUAAAAAAUAAUAUAAAAAAUAUUAACCAUAUCAAGAAGCACUUAAAAGAAGAUAAUCAAUUAUGUUUAUUUAGAAUAAUAGCAAAUAGAUUUUUAAGAAAAGAAGCUAUAGGAUAUGUAUAUAAUUCAAACAUAAAAUCAACUAGUCAUCAUGUUAAAUAAAGAAAUCAAAUAAGACUUAAUUUAUAUUAAUGCUGA